AUGUUCUCGCGAGCUCUCCGACAGUCGAGCCGCCUCGCGGCGGUGUCUGCCCGGGCACAGAUCUCCUCUGCCCGCGCAACGGCACCUCUCUACAACAGCGCUGUCCGCAGCUAUGCGUCCGACGCGAAGGCCUCGCCGACCGAGGUGUCCUCCAUCCUCGAGCAGAGGAUCCGUGGUGUCCAGGAGGAGGCCGGUCUCGCCGAGACUGGACGUGUUCUCUCCGUCGGUGACGGUAUUGCGCGUGUACACGGCAUGAACAACGUCCAGGCUGAGGAGCUCGUCGAGUUCGCCUCCGGUGUUAAGGGCAUGUGCAUGAACUUGGAAGCUGGCCAGGUCGGUGUUGUGCUUUUCGGUUCCGAUCGAUUGGUCAAGGAGGGUGAGACUGUCAAGCGUACGGGAGAGAUUGUCGAUGUCCCUGUCGGCGAGGGUCUUCUCGGUCGUGUUGUCGAUGCCCUCGGUAACCCCAUCGAUGGAAAGGGUCCCAUCAAGUCCUCCGAGAAGCGCCGUGCCCAGCUCAAGGCCCCCGGUAUCCUGCCCCGUCAAUCCGUCAACCAGCCCGUACAGACUGGUCUCAAGUCCGUCGAUGCUAUGGUGCCCAUUGGCCGUGGACAGCGUGAGCUUAUCAUUGGUGACCGUCAGACUGGAAAGACUGCCGUCGCUCUCGAUACCAUGCUGAACCAAAAGCGAUGGAACAACGCCAACGACGAGACCAAGAAGCUUUACUGCGUCUACGUCGCCGUCGGUCAGAAGCGUUCCACCGUCGCUCAGCUCGUCAAGACCCUCGAGGAGAACGAUGCUAUGAAGUAUAGCAUUAUCGUCGCUGCCACCGCCUCUGAGGCUGCGCCCCUACAGUACAUCGCUCCUUUCACAGGCUGUUCGAUGGGUGAAUGGCAUGUCAAGUCCAGUCAAGCUCUAUUGUUCCGUGACAACGGCAAGCACGCUUUGAUCAUCUACGAUGAUCUGUCCAAGCAGGCCGUCGCCUACCGUCAAAUGUCCCUCCUGCUCCGUCGUCCCCCUGGCCGUGAGGCUUACCCCGGUGACGUUUUCUACCUCCACUCUCGUCUGCUCGAGCGUGCCGCCAAGAUGAACGACAAGCUCGGUGGUGGUUCCCUCACUGCCCUUCCCAUCAUUGAGACCCAGGGUGGUGAUGUGUCCGCGUACAUUCCUACCAACGUCAUUUCCAUCACCGACGGUCAGAUCUUCUUGGAGGCUGAGCUCUUCUACAAGGGUAUCCGUCCCGCCAUUAACGUCGGUCUUUCCGUGUCCCGUGUCGGUUCUGCUGCCCAGCUCAAGGCCAUGAAGCAAGUCGCUGGUUCGCUCAAGCUUUUCUUGGCACAGUACCGUGAGGUCGCUGCUUUCGCCCAGUUCGGUUCCGAUUUGGAUGCUGCCACCAAGCAGACCCUCAGCCGUGGUGAGCGUUUGACCGAGCUCCUCAAGCAGAAGCAGUACUCCCCCAUGGCCGUUAACGAGAUGGUUCCCUUGAUCUACUCCGGUGUCAACGGUAUCCUCGAUAGCGUGCCCGUCAGCAAGGUCCUUCAGUGGGAGGCUGACUUCCUUGCCCACCUCCGAUCAAACGAGUCUGAGCUCCUUGCUCAGAUCGACCGGGAAGGUGCGCUCAGCAAGGACCUCGAGGCCAAGCUCAAGGACGUCGCCACAAGCUUCACCAAGUCUUUCACAUAA